AUGCUUCUAAAUCUUUUCACAACUAUUAGAGAAGAGCCGAAGGACCGACCGGAAGUGCCCCCUGUUCAUCCAAACAUGUGUCCACGGAUCGUUCACGAGGCACUCCGGAUAACAGCACUGCAUGCUACCGUCUCCGAUUUCUCUCCACUACCAGUAGCAACACCAGGAGGCAUAAGCAUGUCGCAUCAUAGCAUCCUUACCGCAAUUGAUAGAACUGUACCAAUAGCAAAUCAGGUGUUUGCUGUUCCGCAGUUUCGCAACACUGAUUAUAUUAAGAUGCUCUCUCUUCCUCCCUUAUCGGUUCCAGUUUUCUCCGAGUCCUACCAUUAG